CGUCAGCUGACUGCAGUGGGCGGGGUCUUUCCCUACGAUCCAGGAAGUCUAGUGAUAUCACAGCUAAUCUGAACACUACAAGCUUUGUUUUCACAAUGUUUACUAAAUAUGACGAAAAUAUAUGAGAUAAAAACGUCAAAGCAUCUUUGAAAGCGCAAAGAAGUGCGGUGAAAUCAGGCAGGAGCCAUCAUGUCUGAGCACAGUGACUCCGGUCUGCCGUCUGAGGAGAGGCUCCGCGCUCUCAUCAAGCUGGGCAGCUCUGUGGACGUCAGCGAGGAUGUGCCGCCUCGCCGGUACUUCCGCUCCGGGAUGGAAAUCAUCAGAAUGGCCAACAUCUAUGCAGAGGAGGGGAAUGUAGAGCAUGCAUUCAUUCUUUACAAUAAGUACAUCACGUUGUUUAUUGAAAAACUUCCUAAACAUCGUGAAUAUAAAACAGCCAACAUUCCUGAGAAGAAAGAAACGAUGAGGAAAUUAAAGGAAGUUGCUUUUCCGAAAGCUGAGGAACUGAAAAAGCUGCUUCUCAAGCACUACGAAAAAGAACACGCCGAAUAUCUUGUCCGAAAGCGAGCGGAGGAUGAGGCCCAUGCUCGAGAAGUGGCCAAACAGUGGGAGCAGGAGGCCGAGAAGCAGAGACAGGCCGAGCAGCAGCAGCGUGAGCGCGAGCAGGAGCAGUUCAGUGCCUUUGAGGAGAUGAUCCGCAAGCAGCAGCUGGAGAAGUCACGCCAGCGCAUCGUGCAGGAGUUCAGCGUCCCGGUGUCACCCACCUCUCCCCGAGAUCUCCUGGUGCCUGACAUACAAGGGCCUCCACAGGCCUCGUUUUCACCGCCGACGAGCCCCGGAGGAACCCCGAACCAUGUCUCUCAAACUUCAUCCCUCCCAGCGUUUGACCGCUCACUGAAGCCUAGUGUUCCAGUCAGUGCAGGACACAGUGCACUGGUAAAUGGCUUGCGGCAGCUCUUUGUGCCCACCGAGCUGUGCCAAAGGUUUUUAAAGCUAGCAGAUGCCAACACAGCACGAACCGUGGAGACCUGUGGGAUUCUCUGUGGCAAGCUGAUGAAGAACGCCUUCACAGUGACACACGUGAUCGUGCCCAAACAGAGUGGAGGACCAGAUUACUGUGACACAGAGAACGAGGAGGAACUUUUCCUAAUCCAGGAUCAGAAUGAUCUCAUUACUCUGGGCUGGAUUCAUACCCACCCGACCCAGACGGCCUUUUUAUCCAGUGUGGACCUGCACACACAUUGCUCUUAUCAAAUCAUGCUUCCAGAGUCUAUAGCCAUUGUGUGCUCACCUAAAUUUAAUGAGACUGGCUACUUUCGGCUGACAGACCACGGGAUGGACGAGAUCUGUUCCUGCAAACAAAGAGGAUUCCACCCGCAUCCAAGAGAGCCGCCCCUCUUCUCUGCUAGUCACCACGUCACCAUCACAGACGGAAGUGUGACCGUGAUGGAUUUGCGGUGAUUUCAUCACUUCUGCUUCGAAAUAUGUGCCUUUGCUCUUGACCUCACAGCGACUUGCCAGGAAGCUCCCAAAGGGCAAAGAAGGUCCCGUGCUGAACUUUGCUACAAGACACUGGGCCUCUAUUAUCACAUCUUAGCAGUCUGUAUUUAUUACUUUAAUUCUGUUAUAUCCAAAUGUGACUAAUAGGAGCUUGAGGUGUGUAGUUUCUAGCACUAGCAGCAUCAAACGGAUUUGCAAAAAUAAAGACAAGUUGUGACCUCAAGAAUGCGUAACGGAAAAAUAGAAAUGCAUGGCUUCAGUGAGCGUCCUUUUGUUUAAAACUAGUUCAUUCUGUUCGAUGUUGCAGAAAUUACACACUUCACCUAUAAACACCUGUACAUAUUUCAGUGUUCACUGCAACAAAAAAACAAUACAAGUAUCUAAACAUUUUUUUGAGAAACAAAAUAAACUAAGUCUCGUUUUCCGAAUAAAAAGAACAAAAUUAAGUGUUUAUGCUUAAAACCUAAAAAGAUAUACGCAAAUCAAAAGAAAAACAAGAUUAUUUUUCAUACCCAUUUGACAUUUAUUUCUUGCUUUAAGCAUAAAUUCACUUGAUUGUGAUACAUUUUUCAGAAAUACAUUUUUCAUCUUAAAUAAUUCUUAAGCAAAUAUAUCUCGAUUUAAAGGUGCUGUAUGUAGGAUUGACACCGAGUGGUUGAACUAGGUAUUGCAGUCCAAAUUCAAAAUAUUGGAGAGGGUUUUUUUCACCCGGCCCCUCCUCCUCAGACUUGAUGCACAGGCAUGUUGCCAGAUUGACUUCACAAACAGGAACAAGCACACUUGACGAUGAAUGAAAUGAAAUGCGCUGUGUUUUCCGCCAACUGGCAACCCAGGGUGCUGAAAUACAAUUGGGUAACCUGGCAGUGGGCGGGUUUCACAAACCAAAACAACGACAGACAUACCGGCUGGAACGCACAUUUUCAAAGAAGAAUAAAUGACUGUAGCAUUGUUUUUCAGAUAAACAAGUAUGUUAACUUAGCAUGUUUCUUAAAUAUCUGCAAACAUAUAUAUGCUUUAGUAGAGUCAAAAUCUUACAUACAGCACCUUUAAGAACAUUUAACGAUGAUGGGAAAACAAGUUAAAAAUGCCAAGUAAGAAAAUCAUUUUUAUGCAGUGUUGUCUUUGCCAUUCCAUAUUUUGGCCUUUUUUUUAAAAAACUGAAGGCUUAAUGAUACGGUUCAUGUGCAGGAUCACAUAAGCCAUCCAUUUAAUAGCAUACUGCUGUUACAUUUUAUUUAAAUAUUCAGUGGUUUUUAGCUAUGCCUCUGGUCAGAUGUUCAGGUCUUUAUGUUGAUUAAAAGAUCCUUGUACGCCAUUGCAACCAGUUUCAGACAGACUGGCUUCUGUAUUUAGCGUAACACGUGACAGUGAAACAGCUGCUUCUUUACGUCUGACUAUGAUUUCGCUAAUCUCUUAUAAAACAGCUACUUUAAUAUGUAUCAGACUGUGAUCGUGAAGGCAGAUGAUUCUUGUUCUUUCAGCCAAACUAUUCUGUAACAUUUAAAAUGUUGUUAGUCUUAAUGCAUAUUUUGUAUAUAAUUUUCUGUAGUCAUGAGGUUCAUUUUUGGGGACUCUGAAGCUUUGCAUUUUUUAUUAAUACAUAAUUAAAAGCGAACAUGUCUUCAUAUUAUCUGCUAAGGCAAGACACUACAGGAAAAACCAUUGUUGUGCUCAGUUUUGUGCUCCAUAACAUGUUUUCUUUCAGAGUAGUGCAAAGAAAAUAUCCAAAAUACACAUUUAAGUGUUUAUUAUUUUCUGUUAUGUACAUUUUAGAUUGUUUGAUUUGCAUAUUUAGACAUGCCAUUUCAGAUAUUGUCUUAAACUACUGUAAUUAAUCAACUAGGGAAGUAUGUUGAUAUCUAAAUGUGUACCUUACUCACCUGUGGUGUCUUGUCUAAGAUAUAUUAAAGGCUUUGACACCUAGCAUUCCUUUUAUUGCACCUUAUGGACUGAAAUAAUAUGUUUAUCGCUUACCAUGUUCCCUGAGGUAAUGUGCUAUUUAAGUGUUUACGUGUACAAGAAAUGUUAAGCUGCUUCAGUCAUUAAAAAGUUCAUGUACAGUACGAAUAAGGGGCAAAAACAAACGCGGUCGCUAUUCAAUAGGUGGCGAUGGAGAGUCGUUCUGUUUCAGUGUUCCGCGCAGGAAAUGAUGCGCAGUAGAAGACGCUUUUCCAGCGAGCGUUCGGCUGCUGUUAUGGAUUUUCGGUCUUUUUUUUUUUUUUUUUUUUUUAAUCAAGUGGUGGUUAAAAUUAACAUUUAUCGCGAGUUAUCGUUCAAAUGUGCAACAGAUACAUUUUAAACACAUCUUAAAUGCAUUUUGUUAGAGAGAAAGAAAAAAAGAGUACUUAGCGUACAGGCAAACGUAAACAACGUCUCACGCAAUUGGACUUUCAGUUACUGUAAAGAACAGUUUCUCCUGUUAAAAUAGAAAUAUGACAGAGUCCAAAGAUAAAGCUUUAACUGUGAAGUCUGAUGUUACUACAGUCGCUGUCAGGAAUGAUGUUGUAGAGAAUAAGAAGCCGAAAAGGAAGAUUCUUGAUGAAGAUCAAUAUAUAGAGGUAAGACAGGCUUAUAUACUGGGGAUUUUCUGAUAUAAUUCAUUGUAUUACACUUAAUACAUUCAACAAUGUAUUGUGUUAUACCGUUUUAAUGCCCAUGUGUUCCUUGAAUACACUUGGUUUGACUUUGGCUUUGUUUUUAUUAUUAUUAAAUAACGACGGUGACCUUCAACACCACAGUGUUUACACAAAACACCAAACCUUAGGCCGUUUAUCAGCAUACAGUGUGUUAUACAGGAACAGCUGAUUGAGUUUAAUGUGUCACCUGUAAACAACAUGCUUAUAUCUGCUUAAAUUCUUCUCCCUUGAUUUGCUACUAACACACAUACCACAAUUUCUCCCUAAAGUUUGGAGAAGAUCAUCCAGAGGGACUUUUUCCCAGAUGUCUCCAAACUUCAAGGAGCGGAGGAGAACGGAGAUCUGGAGCGAAUGAGGGAAAUCUCCAUCAAAUACAGACACGACUCCCUCAACAUUUGAGACCCCAGAUGGUCGAAGUGCAUCUCCCUCAUGUUCGCAGAGCAAACACCGAGCAGUGAAAGGGGAUGG